AACUCCGGCCCCGCCCCGCGUCCCGGGCCAACUUCGUGUCUCUUCCCGGCUUUCCGAGCCUCCGAGCGGCGGGGACGCGCGGGAACUGCCCGGGACGGCGCGAUGCAGUCGAGUGGCCGUCAGGCGGAGACCCCGGGCCGCGGCCCGCGGGUGCUGGUGGUGGGCGGCGGCAUCGCGGGGCUGGGCGCGGCGCAGAGGCUCUGCUACCACCCGGCCUUCCCGCACCUGCGGGUUCUGGAGGCCACGGCCCGCGCCGGUGGCCGCAUCCGCUCGGAGCGCAGCUUCGGUGGUGUGGUGGAGGUGGGCGCUCACUGGAUCCAUGGGCCCUCGCAGGGCAACCCCGUCUUCCAGCUGGCUGCCAAGUACGGGCUGCUGGGGGAGAAGGCAUUGUCGGAGGAGAACCAGCUGAUCGAGACCGGGGGUCACGUGGGCCUGCCCUCUGUGUCCUAUGCCAGCUCCGGGGGAAGUGUGAGCCUUGAGCUGGUGGCGGAGAUGGCCAGACUGUUCUACAGUCUCACAGACCAGACCAGGGAGUUCCUGCACGCGGCUGAGACCCCCGCACCCAGCGUCGGGGAGUACCUCAAGAAGGAGAUCCGCCAGCACAUGGCCGGCUGGACAGAGGAGGAGGAGACGAAGAGGCUCAAGCUGGCCAUCCUGAACAACUUGUUCAACGUGGAGUGCUGUGUGAGCGGCACCCACAGCAUGGACCUGGUGGCCCUCGCACCUUUCGGGGAGUACACUGUGCUGCCAGGGUUGGACUGCACCUUUCCUGGGGGCUACCAAGGACUCACAGACCGCAUCAUGGCCUCCUUGCCCAAGGACGUGAUGGUUUUUAACAAGCCAGUGAAGACCAUUCACUGGAAUGGGUCCUUCGAGGAAGCUUCUGCUCCUGGGGAGACGUUUCCGGUGCUGGUGGAAUGUGAGGAUGGAGGCUGCUUCCCAGCGCAUCACGUGGUCGUCACCGUGCCGUUAGGUUUUCUUAAAGAACGUCUGGACACCUUCUUUGAGCCGCCACUGCCCACCGAGAAGGUGGAAGCGAUCAGGAAAAUAGGCUUUGGGACCAACAAUAAAAUCUUCCUGGAGUUUGAGGAGCCUUUCUGGCAGCCAGACUGCCAGCACAUCCAGGUGGUGUGGAGGGACACGUCGCCCCUGGAGGACGCCGCCCCCAAGUUGCAAGAUGCCUGGUUCAAGAAGCUUAUUGGCUUUUGGGUCCUGCCUUCCUGCGGGGCCAGCCAGGUGCUCUGCGGCUUCAUUGCGGGGCUCGAGUCUGAGUUCAUGGAGACGCUGUCGGACGAGGACGUGCUCCUGUCUCUGACACAGGUGCUCCGCAGGGUGACAGGGAACCCCCGGCUCCCCGCGCCCAGGAGUGUGCUGAGGUCCCGCUGGCACAGUGCCCCGUACACCCGGGGCUCCUACAGCUACGUGGCCGUGGGCAGCUCUGGGGACGACCUGGACCUGCUGGCCCAGCCCCUCCCUGCAGACGGCAGGGGUGCCCAGCUCCAGGUCCUGUUUGCAGGGGAAGCCACACACCGGACGUUUUACUCCACCACGCACGGGGCUCUGCUGUCCGGCUGGAGGGAGGCUGACCGGCUCAUUGCUCUGUGGGAUUCGCAGGCACAGCGGCCUGAGCCCGGCUCUGAGCUCGGCUCUGCUCCCCGGGUUCCCGGGUCCCCAGGAGGCUGGCCCCACCCUUUCCUUUGAUGGGCAAGGUUCAGUCGCGCUUGGGAUUUGGGAUGUUAAUGUCACUGGGGUCAGCUCCCUCCUUUCCCAAGUCGCUGGAGUCCGGCCAGGGCUGAGCUUGAGCUGAGCGCGAAGUCUUCCUGGAGAAGGGAGAGGCGGGAUGCUGCUGCUGAUGCGGUUGGAAGAACAUAAAGUGUGUAAAAGCG